UUGAGAGCCCCUGCCAGGUUUGAGAGUCACGUAGAGCACAAACAAAAAACGAAAAACGAUUAAUAAAAAACAAAUGGUUUGGUCCUCCGAACAAGUUGAGGACAUUUUAAAUGUCCUCAAGACGGCGACGGACAAGACCGUAAUAUACAAAUGUCUAGUUAAGUUGCGUACAGAUCUAGUUAAAGACAGAGAUGGAAUUCUCUUAUUUCGUACUUCGGGUGGCGUUCCAAUAAUGGUUCGUCUUAUAAGCAAACUAAACGAAAAGAUCAUGGAGGUGGUGCUCAGCAUUUUGGGCAAUUGCUGUACAGAUGAUCAGGCCUGUAUAGAGGCUGUCGAGUGUAAAGUGCUUGGCCCCCUUAUUACAAUUUUGAAGACUAUACCAAAUCCAGUAAUUCAGUGUCGAGCCUGCCGUAUGUUGGGCAAUCUGGCCAAGAGUAAGCGAGCCUCUCAAUUCCUGACUGCCUACUAUGCAUCCAUUGCUCCAGCAAUAUGCCACAUUAUCGAAUCAACCACUGCUGUUCAGACACGCAUUAUGGCCUUUCGUGUGUGCCGAUUCCUUCUGGUCAGCAGCCAGUUUCUGAAGCAUUUUCUCAUGGCCAAUGGAUUUCUGCAGAUGAUGCGUAUAUUUGUGGCUGUUAUGAAAAAUAAUGAGGCUCCCAAAGAGACAGCGCCGGAUCAGAUCGAAGUAUCCGCAUUGAUUGGCCUCAAACGCAAUCAACAUCGUGAGAAAUAUUUCGAGGAGGUCGCUCGAAAUUUGGAAGGUGUACGCAGCGAUAUCUUUGAUUAUCAAAUGUUAAAGAAUUCGAAACGAAAUUGUGAAUAUGUGCUACCCAAGGAGGCGGAAGCCAUUGAAUUGGCCCAUGAGAUACUCAAAUGUCUUGUCCUAUUGUCAGCCCAACAGAUUGGAAUGAAAGCAUGGCAGUCGAUUUCGCAUCAAACAUCUCUGGCCGCCAUUGUGUAUUUUGUCAAGGAGGACAGCGAUCAACGUUCUACGGCCCUGAAGAUUUUGUCGAACUUCAGUAAAGAUCCAUGCGCCUUCUUUAUGCUGAGCACAGCGGAUGCCAUUGAGGCUGCUUGUGAAAUGCUUAUGGCUGUCAAUAUGGUCAAGACUCUAGCGGAGAGCGAAAGUCGUCAUUGCAUCAAUAUCAUUGCCACCAUGUCCACCGAUGCAUGCAGCCGAUCCAAGAUACGUCGCUGCGGAGCAUUACGUCGAUUGGUGGCCAUGAUUAGGGAAUCAGGAUCGCAAAGUGAUCGUUCAUUGCUUCUGCACAUACUUAAUAAUUUCCAAUAUGAUAAUCUAAGUAUGGAGCUGUUGUUAUAUGAGGGUCUAGUUCCUUUGUUAGUGAGGGAAUUGAAUGAUUAUCUCACAAGCGAUGAUGAGCAUCACAAACGACGACGUGAAGAGCGUUUGCAGGGCGGUAAAAAGCGUAAAUUAACAGAUCCCUUUAGCCCGGAUACAUUAAGCAAGUUUUCAAAGACCCAAGAACCGGACUUUGAGUCGCCAAGCAGUUCGCCUCGUUCCUAUCGCACCGUCAGCCCAUGCAGCUCACGGAGCAUGUCUCCCAUUUGUUCUGAUCUUUUAACCCAUGACGAUAAUGAUGAAAACUAUUCGCCAGCAUGCAGCGAUGAUGAUGAUGACGAUGACGAUGACGUUGUGGGCAAUAAUGCGGAGGUGAAACAGGAGAGUGGGGACACACGAGAGCAUCGCAUUGCUGCCAAUCGCGCACAAAACUCAAAUGUCAUGGAUAUAUUAAAUCUAAUUGAUGAGGGCACCGAACCUAUCGAUGAUCCCUUAUCUGACAAGGAAGAUCUAGAUGAGUUGAGCACCGAUGCAACACCUCCGAAAAUGGCCCAGUUUCGCAAUCAGAACGGUGGCGAUACCAUUGACAUAAUAGAGAAUUUAAUCUAUCGCAUUACAUUGAUGGUAAACAAACGUGCUGAACUGGGUAAACCAGAUACUUUGGAUACUUUGAUCAGAGCAAUCAAUUUGUUUGGUGCAAACAACAAUUUCUCCAAUGCUCUGACCAACAUAUUGCUGGAGAGCCAAUUUUUUGCCCAAAUUAUCAAACAUGGCGUAGUCCAUCAAUUGUAUCAGUUGACUAAAGUGGAAGAGAUGCGCAAAGAUGGCUUCGCAUUUCUUGAGACGUUAACCAAUGUGGGCGAAUCUAAUUAUGGCAAGGAAGAACUGGUUCGUCUUCUACGCUGCGAUGAUCUCAAUGCCCAGCAGCGUGCUGCCAUUUCGGUGGCAUUUAUAAUCAAAAGUCAUCGAUUGCUCUAUCAGUUUCUUUAUGAUGGAAAUGCAUUGACUUUGCUCUUUGACUUGCUGUUGCGUAAGAAGAGCGGGGAUCUUUAUGCAGCCGAGGCGGCUGAUGCUCUGACAGCCAUGUCACGCUUUACACUUGGCAUCACCUUACCCGAUGCCAUAUACGAAGAGACUUCAACGGGCAAUUGCCUGGAGCCGCUAAACGAGAAUACACCAUUGCAUAAGGAUUGCGAUAUGCGUUUUGUGGUACAGCAGGAUGGCGAGCCAGGAAAGAGCCAGACGAAUAGUGUUAGCAUCGGAUUCAACAAGCAAUUGUUGUGCGAUACCAGUGAAGUUUUUAACAAAAUGCUAAAUAGCGACUUUCGUGAAGGUCACCAGGGCGAGAUUCAAUUACAAGAAUACACAGCCAACGGUGUGAGGUAUUUUCUGCAUUUAAUUGGCCGCAGUCCAGAGCAGCAUCAAUUAGCCAAACCCAAUUACGCGGCAAUGCUUCAGGCCUUUGAGAUGUCGCGUGUGUAUAUCAUGCCGGACAUGGAAGAAAUUCUCCUGCAGCGUCUCAUCCAAUUUCUGGACUCACACAACUGUCUGCGUCUUUUGGAAUGGGCAUUAAAGAACUAUCAUACAGAUCUGACAGAGACAGCCAUUAAUUAUUAUCUAUGCGCAUCAUUGCCCACCGAUGAGAAACUAGAACUUUUCCGUGCCGCCGAGGAGUCUACCUAUGCCAGUGAGUGGUUCCAGCUGCUCAAUGAUGCUGUUUACGAGAGAUGCCGCAGCACUGGCUAUUAAAAUACUGUGAUUGUCUUUCCAGCCCCUCUCCCCAUUAAUUUUUAUUUUUAUUAUGAUUGCUGUGUUCGUGACCACCCAAAAACUUCUCAAACUCUUUUAGUGACAGGCAAACGCAGCUCCCGUUGGCAAUAUAUGGAGAAAACAAAAAAAGAAAAACAUUUAUACAUAUAUUAGCCACAAGUCCCUAGCCAAGUAUUUCCAGUAAACUAAAAAUAAAUGUAAACCUAGACCUACUAA